AUCUGACUCGUACGCAUGCCCACACGCUGUCACUUUUCACUGGUGUUCGAUGGAAAGUUUUCAAAAUGGACGUUGACCGGCGGUAACGUUGAUUUUCUUGACUCUUCUCCCACGAUGUGGGUCUUUAAAUGUUUCCUUAGCUGUAUAUAUCUUCUAUUGUACUUAAAAUCAGUCAUAGCUAUUUUAUUUCAACAAAUUAGAAGUUAUUUCUCAACCAGUUUACGAACGUGUACACAUGGAAAAAUUAGGGACGACUCGAGAAACCUCACCAAGCUUCCACGACACAUCAGCUUCGUGGUUCUGGAGUCUGACAUUAGUUUUGUAGACCUUGCUCAGCUUAUUGUCUGGUCAAUGGCUAUGGGAAUUCCAUAUAUUAGUGUCUACGAUAGAGAAGGUGUACUAAAGAAGAAUGUUGCAGCUUUCUCAAGCGAAAUUAUUCGGAAGCAAAAGGAAGUUUUUCUAGAGGAAUCCAGCAAAUACACAUUUGUAUUGAGAACAAAGGACGUUAAAUUUGAUUGUGAGAUGUUGGCCCCAACACAGGUGUGCAUCAGCUUGCUGUCGGAGCAUGAUGGUAAAGGAGACAUCGUAGAGGCCGCCAGAGAGUUUUGUUGGGGAAUCCAAACAAAGCAGAGAGCACUGAAAGAAAUGGAACCAGAUCUAUUAAACAGCCUUUUGAAAGCUACUUAUGGCAUACCAGACCCUGAACUUGCCUUCAAGUUUGGCGAUAUAAAAAUGAUAAUGGGAUACCUACCAUGGCAAACCAGACUCACAGAAUUUCUGCCUUUGAGAACUCACAUCAGCAUUGACUACUCGACCUUUCUAUCAUCUCUUAGAAGAUUUGGACAAUGUCAACAAAGAUUUGGGAAAUAACAGCAAUAAUUUGUGUCAAGAAAUGUUUGUAAAAUAGGACAACGAUUUAACUAGGAAUAUUUUUAUUGACAUUUUGUAAAAAAUAUUUAUAUAUCAAGUAUCUGAUCUUCUGUCAUCCUUCAAUAAAUUCUGUUAUGUUGUUAAGGUGAUCAGCCUCUAUGAAUUAAUCAAUAAAAUAAAAGGUUAAUCUACAGUUUUGUUUUCAAAUGUUAGUAUUAACAACAACAAACUUUAUUUGAUUCCUAACUUAACAUUUUCACAAUUAGACUGGCCCGCAACAGCUGUCCAGUUGUACACAUACACCUUUUGCUCUACUUUCUUGCUGUGUUAAAAGCAUGAAGCUUUCAUCCAAUGUACCUGAAAUUAAAAGAGCUGUGUAAAACACCAAUUGAAUUUUUUUUCUGUAAGAUUGAACAGCCAACAUCUGGUGAAUGUGUUAGCUACUUGGAAGUAGCAACCUGCUGACAAUAGCAGUUGUAGGAAAAGAGUUGUAAAUCCCAUAGUAACAAGACUGGUCUUUACUUAUAAUGAAUAGGCACUUUGCACAACCUGGUCACAUUUUACAAAAUACAACUAUGCUGGGAGGCAAGUUACACAGUGGGACUUCCAAAACAAAGACACUCGCACCAAUCCAGCUUGACAUGUAACUUAGGGCAGUAAACUCUAACACAAUUUGCUCCUGAAGAUUGCCACUUUGAGGUUAUGGAGUGGUGUCUGUGUUUUACUUCUGAGUAUCAGAGGUUUGUUAUGCACUUCUAACAGGUGGAAGCUAGCUUGGAGUAAGGGCAUACAUUGUAGUCUUGGAGAAUAGACCAUUUUACAAUUCAGAACUGAAUGAUCUGGCCUGUGAAUAUUAGAUGGGCUGGAGUUAACUUAGUUAUGAUACAAACCUUGAUAAUUUUCAAAUCCACAUUUUUCUGUUACCAUCCUAACUAGUUUCUAAUUGCUAUCUUGACAGGGCCAACUCUUUCCUUGCUUCUAUGCAGAGGCUAGGUUACAUUUCACAGACCUGUAAAGUGGUCUAUUUGUUGGAGAUGUUGUUAAGUUGUAGAAUGAGUUUUAAACUUAGAAAAACAUACAAUAAAGAGGGAUGCUGCAGUUCUUUACUGAAAAGUUUA